AUGAUAAACCCUGAAGAACAACAGUUCAAGGAAGGGGAUUUGGUGUGGUGCAAUAAAAUUCCGUCCACAUGCGAAGAGGAAGAUGUUUUAUAUAUUUUAUGUCGUGUAUUAGAAAAGAAAAGUGACGAUCACAUAGUAUUAGCAAAAUAUGACAAUGAGACAAAUGGUUCUACAUUUGUGUGUGAAUCCAAACAUUUAUACAAUGCUAAUAAUAAUAAUCCAUUUUCAUUAGAUGAAGAUGAUAUGAUUAAAUUAAAACAUUUUAAUGAGGCUACAGUAUUAUAUCAUUUGCAUGGGAGAUAUGAAAAAAAUAUUUUUUUUACAAAGAUGGGGCCAUUAUUAAUUUAUGUGAAUCCUGUGGAAAAAGAAAAUAAUUAUGAAAAUAAUCCAUGUAAUAAAAUAAAUAAUAAUAAUGUUAUAAGUAAUGAAGUAAUUGAAAAGUAUAAAUAUAGGCAUUCUAGUGAAGAUUUAAAAUUGAAUGAAUAUGAUGUUGGUAUGACUGCUUUAAAAUAUAUAAAUGUAUUAAAAAAGAAUCAAUCAAUUAUUAUAACAGGAGAAUCAGGAUCUGGUAAGAGUAAAAUAUUUAAUAGUUUAUUAAAUUUUUUUAGUAAUGAAAGGAUAACACAAACAGUGUCUUGCCCCACCCCCCAAAAAAAAAAAUUAGAAAUAAAGAAUGAUGAUAAUAUUAAUAUAUUAGAAAUAUUAAAACAUGGUAAUAUAAUUAUGGAAGCACUUGGAAAUGCAAAAACUAGUAAAAAUAACAAUUGUAAUAGAUAUGCUAAAUAUUGUAUGUUACAAAUGAAUAAAAACAAAAUUAAACAUAUAUAUAUGAAAAAUUUUUUAUUUGAUAAAGAACGUUUAAUAAAUAGAAGAAGUGAUGAAAAUAAUUUUCAUAUAUUUUAUUAUAUUUUAAAUGGAUCACCAGAAAAUUUUAAGAAAAAAUAUUUUUUAAAAAAUUUAGAAGAUUAUAAUAUAUUAAAAAAUGAUUGUAUUCGUGAUAAUUCCAAUGAUGAAGAAAAUUUCGUGCAAUUAUUAACAUCAUUACAUGUUAUAUUUGAUGAUGAUAUAAAACAAAUAGAUUUUUUCUUUUCAAUUUUAUCAGCUAUAUUAUUAUUAGGAAAUAUUCAAAUGAUAAAAAGCCCCAAAAAAUCUUUAUUCAGACAACAUUUUAUUUGUGAAUUUCCAUCAAAUUAUAAACAAUUACAAGAACAACUUGAAUUUAUAGAUGAGUCCCAAAUAAUGAGUAUGUCAAAAAGAUCUUCAUCUAGUUCAUCCUAUGAAGGAUCAUCUAAUUUAUCAAAUAUGGAUUCAUCUGAAUGUCUAGACAAAAACACUUAUAUUUUUUUAGUAGCUAGUAAACUCUUAGGUAUCGACGCUGAAAUGUUUUUAAAAUAUUUUACUUCGGGUUAUUUAUUAAAUGAAAUCAUUUUUAUGAAGGGUCAAAAUGAAAUGAAGGUGCAAAAAAAAAUCGAGCGCUUUAUGAAAGCAUGUUAUGAAGAAUUAUUAAACUGGGUCAUACAUAAGAUUACUACAAAAUAUAAUGAUAAAUUAAUAAAUAAUACAAACGAGAUAAUACAAAAUAACGGAAUCUAUGAAAAUGAUAAGAGUGAAAAAAAUGAUAAUUACAUAAAUAUUUUGGAUAUCAUUUAUUUUGAGAAUUUAAAAGAAAAUUCUUUGGAACAAUUUUUAAUAAAUACAACAAAUGAAUUUAUAUUAAAGGUAUAUACAGAUUUUUAUUAUAAAAAAAGAGAAGAGAUGUAUAAACAAGAAGGGUUGGAAUUAUCAUGUGAUUCGAUUUAUAUAGAUAAUGAACAAUUAUAUAAAGUAUUAAUAUCUAAAGAAGGAUCUUUAUUUUCUUUAUUAGAAAAUAUAUGUACAAAAAAAUCUUUUGAUAAAAGUAAUUUAUGUUCAACUAUUGUAAAUAGAUUUAUAAAAAAUCCAUAUAUUAAGGCGAAUUCAUUGGAAGUAAAUAAAGCGUUUAUUAUAGUUCAUUCUUGUAGUCAGAUAUCUUAUAAAACCGAAUAUUUUAUAGAAAAAAAUGUAGACAUAUUAACACGUGGAUUUAUUGAAAUGAUCAAAAAAUCAGACAAUAAAUAUAUGCAACAAUUUUGUAGUUCUUAUAAUUAUGAUACAAGUGGGAAAAUAAUGGAAGAAAAUAAAAGAUUUACUGUUCAUACAAAUUUUAAAUUAUUUAAAAAAGAGUAUGAUCCAAAUAAACAAAUGGCUGUAACAUUAUUAAGAAAUAAUUUAUUAGAAAUAGCAAAUUAUAUAGAAAAAAGUUUUUGUCAUUUUAUUAUGUGUAUAAAUACAUGCAGGAAAAAAAACAACACUGAAGUGGUUCAUCAUUUCGAUAAAAAACUUGUGUUGAGUCAAGUUACAAAUUUUCAUAUGAUGAUAGAAGCAGAUCAGUUUAAGGAUGAAUAUUUUCCUCACAUGUUUUCUUUUUUGGAAUUUGUGCAGAUUUUUAAAUGUUUAAAGAAUUACAAGAAUAUAAAUCAUAAGUCUGAUGAUAUUCAUCAUACAUAUGAGAAUGUGAAUAACAUGGAGAGUAUGUGUCAUACAACUAAUCCUUUUGAUAAUGUCGAAUCAGAUGAUAAUAAAAUGCUAUGUGAAGAAAUAUUGGCAUAUAUGAAAAUAGGAGAAAAGGAUUGGGCAAUAGGAAAAAAUAUGAUUUUUCUUAAUGAAAAAAGUAUGAAUGUAUUAGUCGAUUCGGUGUAUUACAUGUGGUUAGAAUGUUUAGAAAAUGAAAAGAGAAAAGAAUUAUGUGAUUUGAAAGAAAUGUUGGAUGAAAAUGAUGAAGAUGUUGAAAAUGAAGAAGAUGUUAAAAAUGAUGAAAAUAUUAAAAAUGAUGAAAAUAUUAAAAAUGAUGAAAAUAUUAAAAAUGAAGAAGAUGUUGAAGAGGAGAAAUAUGAGAAGAGGGAGUUGGAAUAUAUAAAUAUGGAUGAUACAAAUGUGGAGGUACAAAUAAAAAAUGAUCAUUCAUUUUUAAAUUGUGAUAACAAAAUUGUUGAUACGACUAAUGAGAUGGAUGUAGAAAUAAGCAUCGGAAGUUAUAAUAAAAAUGUUGACAAUAAUAUUGUGGAUAAUGAAUAUGAUAUGAAUGAUAAUGUUCAUAGAAAAAGUAGUACAAAUAUGUCAUAUGAUGAUUAUGAAAAUAUGGAAGAAGAAUUGUUAAAAGUGAAUUUAAAAGAAGGAAACAAUGGUUCUCUCUCAGAUAUGGAAGAAGAAAUGAACAGGAUAUCAAAGGAGACAGAUAGAAAGGAAAGUAAAAUGAAAAGGAAGAGCAGCUUACUUAGAUUAUCAAAAAGUUUGAGAAGUUCUUUCCAGAAAAUAAAAAAGAGCAAAUUGAAUGAGAAGGAUGUAAAAGUAGAUCUUGAUGAUAAGAAAGAUGUAAAAGUAGAUCUUGAUGAUAAGACAGAGAUCAAAGUAGAUCUUGAUGAUGAUAAGAAAGAGGUAAAAGUAGAUCUUGAUGAUGGUGAGGUAGAUGACAAUGUUGAAGAAAAGAAAGAUGAUAAGGAUGAUGGUUAUGGAGUUAUGAAUUUUUUCAACAACAUUCAUUUUUAUAAAAAAGGGUUGAAAGACUUAAAUAAUGCUAUAAAACAUUUUAAUCCAAUAAAUGGAAAAAUCAAAAAGGAUAAGAUUUUUAACAUGGGGAUUCAGAAUUUUUAUAACAAAAAGAAGAAUUUUUUCUCAAACUCUAAAAGGGGAAGCGAGGAUAGUAAAAAGGGAGAAGAAAAUAAAGAUGUAGAAGAAACUAAAGAUGUGGAAGAAACUAAAGAUGUGGAAGAAACUAAAAAUGUGGAAGAAACUAAAAAUGUGGAAGAUAAUAAAAAUGUGGAAGAUAAUAAAGAUAUGGAAGAAACUAAAAAUGUGGAAGAUAAUAAAAAUGUGGAAGAAACUAAAAAUGUGGAAGAAAAUAAAAAUGUGGAAGAAACUAAAAAUGUGGAAGAUAAUAAAAAUGUGGAAGAAACUAAAAAUGUGGAAGAAACUAAAAAUGUGGAAGAAACUAAAAAUGUGGAAGAA